AUGUUCGGCAGGUGUUGCUGCCUACAGCCGGAUGAUGGCCACGAGCAGGUCUUUCACACGGGGACGCCCAUGGAGUUACCACCGGCAGGAGAGCGGAAGUCCCUCCAAGUGCCGCCGGAUUUCAGCAUCCGCAGCGUGGACUCCACGGCCUCGCCAGGUGCAGGAUACAUCAGCCUCAGUGAGGAGCAAAAGGCGAGGGAGAUGUCGAAGCUGCAACACAUGAUUCGGGAUUUUGUCAUGGAGUUUCUGCAGGGUGUCUUCCUGGAUGCUGUCCUGGAAGAUGGAUCCCUCGUGCCAUGCCGCUGCGUCAUGGACAGCAAGCUGUCCAUACUCAUGCUGCAGGUGCAGUCCACCACGCGGACUGUCGACUUGACCAGCAUUCAGGAGAUUUGCUCGGGAGGGGAGCUCAAGGACCUCCAGGUGACAACUCCUCUGGACGAGAAUUGCGUGACCCUGGUGAUGGCUGAUGACCAGUGCGUGUCCUUCAAGUUUCCAGACAAGCAGGCGAGGGAGCACUUCGCUACCUGCAUGAAGGUGCUGCGCCUGGCCCUCGACUGA